AUGAAUGUGUUCCGUGUUCUUGACACCAUCACAUCGAUACAUCCAGGAUCCUGCAACGGCUACACCAACCUGACGGAUCCAUGGCGCAACCGCGCCUUUACCCAAUACGACUACCCUGGCUUCCCCAAGGAUGACAACAAGUUACUCAACAAGUGGUGGAGAUUCACAGGGAUUGGUGGAGAUACAGCGAAUGACUAUUGCAGAUAUUAUGCGGGAAGCUUCUACAAUCCAUGGUAUGUGGAGAUCAUUCUAAGUGUGGCCCAGACUCCUGCGGCCCCCUUGCUGAAUGUACCAGUAGCCCUGUGGGAGGCUGUGUUUGUGUCUCUGGACAUCGAUGAGUGUGUGAGAACUCCUGAUAUCUGCGGCCCGGACUCCAUAUGCACCAACGUCAAUGGAACGUACAAUUGUACCUGUCUGCCAGGAUUCAACGACACAAAUCCAGCAGAGAUACUAGGAACGACUCACUCCUGUGAAGAUAUUGACGAGUGUUUCAAUUCCACCAUCUGCGGCCCUCAUUCCAACUGCACCAAUGUUCCUGGAAAACAUAUCUGCCAGUGUGAGCCGGGAUACAAAGCCACCGAACCGUCCACGGCCCCUGAUGAGGACAACACCUGUGAAGAUGUUGAUGAGUGUGUGGAAGACGUCAUCAUCUGUGGCCCUGAGGCCGUUUGUAACAACACAAUCGGGGCCCAUUUCUGCACCUGUAACCAAGGUUACUGUGUUGACCUCUCAGAUAUGAUCGCCAGCUCUGGACAAACAAAAGAAAGGGCUUUUCUUGGAACUAUCGCCCAACAGCUGAAGGAUAAUCCCAACAUCCUUCUGCCAGAAGCGGAAGUGUCAGGCGCUAACUCUAACUCGCCCAAAGCGGUGAGCAGUGAAGGUGACGCAGAUACAGGCAGUGUGAUCCUGGACAUCUCUGAGGGUCUGGUUUCUUCCCUCGUAGAACCCAACCAGGACGGAACCAACAAGACGCUCCAAACUGCAGUAGUAGAUUUGAGUGUACAGACCUUCAGUCUUGGAAGUAAUGACGGAGAAAGUAAUGUUCUUUUGGUCAAAGGAAUCAGCAUGGAGGUCAACCUCGAGGCUCUGGCUCAAGACAACAAUGGAUCGGCAGCAGCUGCAGUCCUCACCCUCCGCGACAUUGAUAGGCUUCUCAUUCCCGGCUUCUUCAAGACCGAGAACAAGACUGAGAUGAACUCGGACAUCAUCACCGCCUUCCUACCCAAAACCAAGCACUCCAACCUCUCCCAACCCGUCAACUUCACCAUCCAGCACAAGAAGGUGAACCGUCAUACAGAAUGCGCUGGCCUGGUGACCUGUGUGUACUGGGAAGGGAAAGACCAGACGGCUGUGAAGGUGGAUGCCUCCACGGGCGAGGAGGCAGAGGCCAGCCGCUGGUCGGUAAAGGGAUGUUGGGUGACGUACUCCGAUGAGAACUACACCAUUUGCAGCUGUUCCCACCUCUCCACCUUCGCUCUCAUCCUGCAGAUCGGAGACCCUCCUCCAGCGAACCCCUUCCUGGAGUGGCUGAACAGAGUGUGUGUGACCAUCGGCCUGUUCUUCUUUGCGCUGGCUAUCGUGACCUUCCUCUUGUGCAGCUGGAAUGCCAAGAUCAACAACACAGCCCGUCUGCACCUCUGCAUCAGCCUCGCCUCCUCCCACUUCCUGAUGCUCUGGAUGGACCGAUACGUUGAGGCUAAGGUGGCUUGUAAAGUCAUGGCCGGCGUGCUCCACUUCCUGAUUCUGGCCAGUUUCUCCUGGAUGCUCCUGGAGGCCCUGCAGCUCUUCCUGCUGGUCCGGAGACUUUCCAAGGUCCAGGUCAUCCAGAGGGACGGCCUCCCUACACCAGUGCUGUACCUGAUUGGCUAUGGCGCACCGUUUUUGAUUCUGGGUGUGUCUGCCGCGGUAUUCUCUGAUGGAUAUGGCGCCACAGACUCACAAGUGUGCUGGCUAUCCACAGAACGCAGCUUCAACUGGGCUCUGACAGGGCCUGUGGUCGCUCUCCUUGGUAUGAACUUGGUGCUGUUCUUUGCCACCCUGGUGUGCCUGAGACCCACCCUGGCCAGCAUGAAGAGUGACGUGUCGCAGUCCAAGGACACCAGGUUGAUCGUGUUCAAGAUCCUGGCCCAGUCCGUCAUCCUGGGCUGUACAUGGGUCCUGGGUCUGUACCAGGCCAACCUCUUCUUCCAGGUGCUCUUCAUCCUGCUCAACUCCCAGCAGGGCACCUUCCUCUUCAUUGUGCACUGUCUACUCAACAAGGAGGUCAGGGGAGAGUACAUCAAAUGGCUGUCCUGUUUAUUCAGGAAAUCUGGUAGCGCUGGAAAAGCGGUGAGUGCCUAG